AAUUUUAUUAGCGUUUUUUAAUUGAUUAAAUUGGUGGAAACGGUCCAAAAUAUUUGUAAACUUAAUUACUGGUAUUUUAUUUAUAUAUAUUAUUCAAAAAAUACAAAGUUUGAGCGUGGAGGAGUUAUCCGCCGGAAUCCGGAGCCAAACAUGCACGUACAACUAACGACGGCGCAUUCUCAGCUCAAGAUUGAUGGGUCUUGAUGGAUUGCCUCAGCAGUAUUUUGCUAACAGACAACAAAAAGAACUCACACACCAAAGCUCACUGAGUUAGCUCAUGAAAUCACCUCUCUCAUUUUUCCAACUCGCACGCUGGAAAACAUCCACUUCACCUUGUUCACUUCUUAUUGAAACCCAGAAAGAAAAUCACAGUGUGUUUAAACAAGGAGUCUCAGAUGUUCAAUUAGAAUCUGUUUUGUCCCACUCUAAAUCUAAAUCAAAUGCUUUCUUGAAUGCGUGCAAAUUGUUCGACGAAUCGUCUGACUUGAGCAUAGUAUCGGCCACGGCCAUAAUCGGCCACUUUGCUCGGCAGAACCGCCAUGAAGAGGCCGUCUAUCUCUUUGCUAGAAUGUUGCUCUCGGAUAUUAGACCCAAUGAGUUCACAUUUGGGACUUUGGUUCACUCCUCAACUGCGUUGGGAGACAUUCAUGUAGGCCAGCAACUUCAUGCAUGUGCAACCAAGAUUGGUUUGCAUGGGAAUGUCUUUGUGGGAAGUGCGCUUUUGGAUUUUUAUGCUAAGUUGAGUAGCAUUGAGAACGCUAGGCGGGCUUUUGAAGAUACCCACUUUCCAAAUGUUGUUUCUUACACGACUUUGAUAUGUGGGUACCUGAAUAGGGACAGAAUUGAAGAUGCUCUUCGUCUUUUUAAAGCAAUGCCAGAGAGAAACAUUGUUUCUUGGAAUGCAAUGAUUGGCGGGUAUAGCCAGACAGGCCACAAUGAAGAGGCAGUUAAUCUUUUCGUCGAGAUGCUUCAACAAGGGUUGAUUCCUAACCAUUCUUCUUUCCCCUGUGUCAUUACUGCAGCUGCCAAUAUAACAGCACUUGGAAUUGGCAGAGCUUUUCAUGCCUGUGCUGUUAAGUUCUUGGGUAAGCUUGAUGUGUUUGUAGGCAAUUCUCUUGUAAGCUUUUAUGCAAAAUGUGGAAGCAUGGAAGAGAGUCUCUUGGUUUUCAACAAACUUGGGGAAAGAAAUUUGGUUUCUUGGAAUGCAGUGAUUUGUGGUUAUGCUCAAAAUGGUAGAGGACAGGAAGCUAUAAGCUUUUUAAAAAGGAUGCAGGUAUCAGGUUGUGAACCUAAUGGUGUCACACUUCUUGGAUUGUUAUGGGCUUGUAAUCAUACUGGCCUUGUUGAUGAGGCUUAUUUCUACUUUAAUAGGGUGAGACUUGAACACCCCAGAAUGCUAAAACCAGAGCACUAUGCUUGUAUGGUUGACUUACUCUCUCGGUCUGGGCGUUUCAGACAAGCUGAGGAGUUUAUUCACGAUUUGCCUUUUGAUCCAGGAAUUGGAUUUUGGAAAGCCCUGCUUAGUGGUUGUCAGAUCCAUUCAAACAUCGAUUUGGCAGAGUUUGCUGCCAGGAAAAUCUUGGCUUUGGACCCUGAAGAUGUGUCAUCAUAUGUGAUGCUGUCCAAUGCACACUCUGCAGCUGGUAGAUGGCAGAGCGUUUCUGUAAUUAGGAGAGAAAUGAAAGAGAAGGGGAUGAAGAGGGUACCAGGCUGCAGUUGGAUCGAGAUAAAAAACAAAGUUCAUGUUUUUGCUACUGGGGAUCGGAAUCAUCCCCAGAAGGAUGAAAUCUAUACGGUGUUGAGUUCUUGCAUUGAGAAUAUAAGGGAGAACGAACUUUUCGUUGUUCUUGCAGAGUCUUGAGACAAGAUUUUUCAUUGUUGGAUUCAUCAGAAAAGUGAAUUGAAGUAGGUAGCUUUAACUUGAAUAGCAAGAUACCAAGUCCUUCCAAACCAUAUUGCCCUUUAUUUUAACUCGUACGCACUAGUUCAUGGUAAGUAGGGAAUCAAAACAGUAGUCUUAGAUGAGUUCAGCUUUAAUGCCAUUCUGGAUUAUUGAAGCCGUCAAGGAUUUUGCAGUGUUCUGAUUGAUUCAGGAGGGAAGGUAGAAGCUAUUGAAGAAUUUCUCCAAGAGGGUAUUGAGAGAAAUCUAUUAGAAAAAGUUGUUGCAGCUGUAUUGCCUUUGUGAGUCAAAAGUGGUAAUGGGAAUCUGCCAGUGGCAUUGAAGGGUUUUGGAGACAACACUAGAAAUGGAGAGACUGCAAAUUAAAAUCUCAGGAAGUAAUGUUGUAGUUCAGGAAUAUAUUUAAGUGAAUUGGAGCAAUGAUAAAAUAUAAUUUGCUUCAAAUCAAUUAGUCUUCAUCAUUUUGUCUGUGCCUUCAUAGUAAACUUACAAAGAACCAUAUUCACUGAAGCCUAAGUGACGGGUAAAAUCAGGAUUCCCUGUCUUCUAAAUCUGUACAUUUUUUGGGGUGUUUUCUUACAAAGAAAGAGGAUAUUCGUUGCCAAAAAUGAUUUUAUUUUUAUUUUUAGUUUUAGUUUUUGUUAAGACAUAAUUCUUGUGGAAUGUAGCUCAUUUUGGUAUCACGUAUGAUGUAGUUCAGCUCCAAAAAUUAUGAUGCUUUUCAUAGACCA